CUGUAGGGUGGUUCAUGCCUAAAACAGUUAUUUUGAAUUGAAAAUGAAUGAUCUGGCUUUUCCCAAUGCACCUGCAACUGAUACAGUAGUUUGGUAUGAAUUUCUACUUGAUGAUGACAAAUUGAAAAUACAUUUGGAUUCUACAGAUCCUGAUCCAAGUGGUACAGAACUGAUUAAAAAGUUUUUCGAACAAGCGAACAAACCAAUAAAUGACCAGGGCAAAAUUUUAGCACCACCAGAGAACCAAAGAAAUUUAUCAUUAAAAUGUUUGGCUUUGCAAACUGCUGCACUUUUACAUUGGGAUCUCAAUCUAUUUGAAAAAGAAUUGCCAAUGUCAAGUCGACAUCAAUUGUUGAGGGAGUUGCUGGCGUUUUGUAAUGCUAGCUCUUUUCCAUCACACACAGUUGAUAUCAAAAACCAAAUCAUAACAAUGCACGAUCAUACUAUAAUGGCAAUCGUAUUGUAUUGUAGAUGGGCAGCCAGGACUGUGGUCAAAUCUGCAUUUCCAAUGAAGCCUGGGGGUCGAAUUACUCCCACUGCUCCUACACCAGGAUUUUAUCAGCCAAAUGCACAACAAAGAUAUGAGGAACUCAAAUCACAAAUCGUUUCUAUCGUCAAAGAUCAAUGUUUUGAUAUUGUUCAAACUUUAGAGUCAUUUUUACAGCAAGUUAAAAGACCAGUGUAUGUCCCUGAUUUUGAUGUUAUAAAAAACAAGCAGCUAUGUUCAACUGAAGAAACCACAGGCUGGCUGAUAUCACUAGAAGAAUUACAUGCACAAGUUUGCUAUGACUUGGGCUGUUUGCAUUUUAUGCAUGGUUUCUAUGACAAAGCUUAUGAAAUGUUCGGCCACGUUAAAGAAUGGUUGAAGUGUUUUACAGAUACUUCAACUGGAUAUUGUGAUGUUAAUAACGAUACAUUGAAGGGUUAUUUGAUUGCAUGUGCUUCUCUUAAUCCGGACCAAGAAGUGGUAAAAAGUGUGAGCAAUGAUACUAUUUAUCAUAAAGUAUUAAAGUGUCUGGAGAAUAAAACAAGCUCUGAUAUACGUGAGCUCGGUACAUUGUUAAUGGACGACAUCAAACUCAAUGAACUUUCGAUGUCUUUCCGUGACCAAAUUGAGCAAGAUAUUUUAUAUGAAAAUCAGCAAUCUACAAAUCUUGACUUAUAUUUUGAUGUAAUUUGGUCAAACGCACUGUGUAGAACGGUAAGAGGAUAUCCACAGCCAAGCUGCUUAUGGACGUAUGAACUGAAUGUUGCUCAACUGCAAAAAAUAUUAGGAUUUGUCCAAGAAUGCUAUAGUUGUUUGUCACGGAAGGGAAGAAAAAAAUUGGGAGGAUUUUUAUACUCUCUUCACAACAAUCUUUUUAAAGAACCCUUAAGACAUCAUCUACUGCAAUGUGAAGUUACACGACUUUGUCUUUCUCCCAAAGACUUGCAUGAUAUGGAGCAACGCGAAACUAGUCGUGACAAUGUUGUGGUGCAAGAUUCUCCGACCAGCCCGGACAGUGCUUCAUCAGGACCAGUUGUUGCAAUAGAACUUGAAUGCCAGUUGAUCACCUGUUUCGAACCGGAUGUACUGAAACAAACAUUGACUAAGCUCCAUAAAAUAUCUCCCGAAAGCCAGCACUGGAGGAUUUGUGACAAGUGGAAUAUAACUCAAGAUUAUGAGUCUGUAUUGAAGGGAAUCAGUGUUACAAUCAGCCGGGAUUUGAUGUACAUUUUGUUAGCAAAAGUGAAUCAAUGUUUGGCUGAUUUUGACCAGUAUCAGACAGCAAAGCAUAUACUGAAUUACAUUCGAGAUCAUGGAAAAAGCCUUUCUUUUAAGUUGCACAAGAUAUCUGCUAAUGAACUUCUGCGAAUAGAGUUACUUGAAUUAAUUAAUGACCCCAGUUUGAAGUUUUCGAGUGAAUCUGAAUGUCAUGAGCUACGGGAACAAUUAUCUGAUGUUAUAAAGAGAGCUAUUCAACAUCUCUCAAGCAGAACUUCAGAUGUCGUUCCUUCGCCGCCGGAACUCGCAGAUUUGAGUAUAGCCCUUCUUUUGAACUUAGAGGGGGCAAGUUUUUUUGAUUCGUUUGCAAGUCAGUCUGAUGGACAAGUGCGAUUUGCUAAAGUUCUAUCCAAGGUACACGCCAAGAUUUCGUCGUCUUCUCCACCUCACCAAGAAGCAAAACGAUCAGCCAGUGAUCUCUGGACCAUUUUUACAGCAAUUUUUGCUGCAACAACCCACCAUCAAAGACGAAGCCAGGAUAAUUCAAUCACAAUUGCUAAAGCGAAUGAUGUGCCAACAGGACUCAUGUCUCGCCCAGCAUUAUUGGUAAUGUUGAAGAAACUUAAGAAUCCAAGGUUACUGCGAAUCAUCCUUUCUCUUCUAAUUCGUCUUCACAGCAUCUGUCAAGAAGAUAUUCUGAUAGAUAUCAAAGUUCCUUUGUUAGAUUUAUGGCCAUCUUCAUCAUCUGGAAUUCAGCAUACAAUCAGUGCCGCGUGUGUGGUAAAUGCUGUCCGAGAAGUGCUUGCACACUGCCUUAAAAUUCAGCCCCAUUAUCCUCUUUGGUUACAUACCCAAGCUGAUGUCGAUUUUGCUUAUUGCAAUUAUCCUGCUGCAUUUAGGAAUUAUUUGAAAUUGAUCGCUGUUCAGUCAAAUUUUUUCAACAGAGACUUGUUAAAUUCAGGCAUAUUAGAUAGUCAGAUGGUGCGAAGAAUGGUCAAAUGUUGUCUACAAAUGAAGUGCAAUACACAGGCUGCAGUUCUUUGUCAAAUGAUCAAAGAAGUCGAUUACUCCACUGCAUUCAAAGCUUUACAAGAAAGUCGAGAGCGCUCAGAUGCUAUGGAGGUCCAUUAUCGAGAGCAUUUUUGGGAUGUAGAAUUGCUAGAGUACGCUACAUGUAUGCAUCGAGAUUCUGUGGAAGUUGCUAAAAAGGAAUCGGCAACGCGAGCUCUAGCAAAUCCUGAUUUAAAUGUUUGCAACACACCAAAAGUUUUGAAAGAAGCGCAGUCAUUUAAAAGCAGACGUUUUUUCAGAUCGCUAGCCAGACAGUUUCUGGUUUAAAUCCUAUCUGAGCGACAAUUGCCAUACUAAUAAAUAACUCACUUUGCAACA